AUGGUCCAAGCAGACCCAAAUACCAAAAUUGAAAUAGUGCGCAUAUGCAACCUUGCCACAUUCGACAUCAUUGGUGAGUUGACCUUUGGAGACAGCCUUAAUGUUUUCACGGGAAUCGACAAUAGUGACUGGGGUUUGUUUAUCUUCUGCAAUUCGCCGAUUGGCGGGCUUCUACCCCGGACUUCUGGCACUUAUUCCAAAUCGCUGGUCGAGGAAAAGAUUGCGCGCUAUGACAAGUGCAAGGAGUGUGUCGAUGAACGGGUUAUCCAUGAACUGACCCGACUGGAUCUUUGGGGUCUGAUCAUGGGCCAAACGGGAAAGUUGCGUCUGACCCGCGAGGAGAUGUACGCAAACUUACAGAUAUUCAUGGCUGCUGGCACCGAAACUACAGCCACGACCUUGAGCGGCUUGACAUACCAACUCUUACUGAGCCGAGACAAGCUUGGUAAGAUCACAAGUCAUGUUCGCCACACUUUCAAACGUAAUUCGGAUAUCAAUGCCACCACACUGGCUGGGAUGGAAUACUUGAAUGCAUCUAUUGACGAGGUCUGCGAACUCAUCGCCCAGUUCCUGUAG